AGGUUGUGUGUCAACUGACCCUUUACCUACUGCAACCAAUCAUGCUUCAGUCCAUGCAAAGAGCUCUGCAGAGAUACGUUGCUGAAGUGAGACAUGCAACUACCCCCCGAGGCUAUAGCUUCUCCCAUAACCUGGUCUUGUUUGACUUCACUAAAGAGGAGGUGUUGACUGAGUGGGAUUGCAUAUCAGACAAAGACGUAGGCGGUCGUUCCCACGCCAAUCUGGAAAUCAACGGGAAAGGCACUGGUGUGUUAUUCAGUGGAGAGCUGGACUUAUCACCCCCCACAGAUCUGAGUGCAAAGUACAGCGGCUACUGUGCCAUCAGAUCAAAGGAGAAAAAAGGUGGAUGGUUUGAGCGUCCAUAUUUUGAUGUGACAGAGUUUGAUGCGUUUCAGUUGAGGGUGCGUGGUGAUGGGAGAAGAUUCAUGAUCAACCUCGGCUACCCCAACAUGGCGAGGAAAGAUGACGUAUGGCAAUGCUUCAUGUUCACUAGAGGGGGGCCAGACUGGGAGGACAUACAGCUUCCAUUCAAAGACUUCUUUGUGACUCAUAGAGGCUAUAUGCAGGAUGAUGACUUCAGCUUCCCCAGAGAAACAGUGGCUACUUUAGGAGUGCUCCUAGCAGACAGAGUACAAGGACCAUUCAAAUUAGAAUUACAAAGCAUCAAAGCUGUUAGAAAAUUAACUGGAUUUAGUCCCGUGAAAGUGAUAUUGUGAUAUGCAGAGGAAUGAUUAACAGUGCUUCAUUGUUCAUAGUGUCUAUUUAUUCAUCUUUUUCUCUCCAUUACCUGCACAUUUGGCAAAAAAAACAUUGAGCAUUGAUAUUAAUUUUAUUGAGAAAUUA